AUGGGAGGAUCCUCCACGGAAUGGAUUGGACAUAUCUUAUCUCAUUGUGAUUCCUCAAUUAAAACCGUGAAAAUUGAAGAUUGUCUAACUAUGAACAUUCCCCUACACGAUUGUCCACAGUUAGAGUCGUUCUUCGAUGAACGCUUGCCUUCAAGCCUAAGGAACCUCUUUCUUGUGAAAUGCUCUAAACUUCUCAUCUACUCGCUGAAAUGGCCUUUGCCAAUCAACAGUUCGAUGUGUGACAUGUAUAUUCAAGAAGUUGAUAUGAAGUCAUUUCCUAGUGAAGGAUUGCUUCCCCUCUCUCUUACUCGUCUUACUAUCACUUGUUGUCAAAACCUCAAACAACUUAACUACGAGGGUAUCAACCACCUCCCCUCUCUUACAACAUUGAUUUUUAAUAACUGUCCCAACAUCCAAUACUUACCAGUGGAUAGUCUUCCUAAAUCCAUUACAUCUCUACAAAUUCGGGGAAAUUGUCUUUUGCUCAAACAACGAUGCAAGAAACCAAAUGGCAAAGAUUGA